AUGUUCCUUGGGCUUUUUGCGUCACCUCCACUCGCGUCAUCAUACCCGCCGCUUCUCCGCGUCGCGCAGGCGGCGUCUGCCGGCUCGCAGAUGGAAGGACCAAAGACAGCAGACGUCCGCACGUUCGCCAUCUACCGGUACAAUCCAGAGACGGACAAGCGCCCGUACAUGCAAAAGUACGAGCUCGAUGUCUCCACAUGCGGGCCGAUGGUGCUCGACGCCCUCAUCGCCAUCAAAGACCGUCAGGACCCCACCCUUGUGUUUCGCCGCAGCUGUCGAGAAGGCAUUUGCGGCUCGUGCGCGAUGAACGUGGACGGGAAAAACUGCCUCGCCUGCCUCACCCCCAUUCAGCGAGCAGAGCGAGAAAACGAGGCUAUGCGUCUCAUGCCAGGCCAGGACAUUAAGCACGACCGGCACGAAGAGGAAGUGGUGAGCCGCGUCACAGACAAGAUCAACCACGCGUUGUUCCGUGAGGCGAAUCCCCCCGUGGAGAUUCUGCCGCUUCCCCACAUGAUGGUCCUCCGCGACUUGGUGCCGGACAUGACCAACUUCUACGCGCAGUAUCGCAGCGUGGAGCCGUGGCUGAAGCGGAAGACGGCGAAGAAGGACCCCAACGUGGAGAAUCUUCAGUCGAUCGAAGACCGCAAGAAACUCGACGGAAUGUACGAGUGCAUCCUCUGCGCCUGCUGCUCCACGUCGUGCCCGUCCUACUGGUGGAAUCCACAAGCCUACCUCGGCCCGGCUGUCCUCAUGCAGGCCUUCAGGUGGAUUGCGGAUAGCCGAGACGAGUUCACCGAGGAACGCCUGGCAGCCAUCAACGACACCAUGAAGCUGUACAGGUGUCACGGCAUCAUGAACUGCACAGUCUCCUGCCCCAAGGGCUUGAAUCCUGCAGGAGCCAUCAAGAAAAUGAAGGAUCAGGUAGAAGCGCGUUUCUCGCCGGACUGGAAGAAUCUCCAGGCGCAACAGAUCCUGCAGAAGUCCCAGAAGCUUGCCCAGGACCUCGGACUCUCUGCGUAA